GAAAGACAAAGAGAUGCAAACCCUGGUCUUUUGCUCACCAAUUUAUUAAUCAAACUCCAACUUUUUUUUUUCUUAUGCUAAUCUUCCUCCUCUCCGUGCCUUUCUUUAGUCUUAAGUACACCACCAAAGAGAAAGAGAAAACCAAAGAUCAAGAGAACCACCUUCCAACCUCCUCUUCCUAAGAACUAUCAUCAUCAUCAUCACCAUCACCAUCACCACCACCACCACCACAGCCAUGGGAAGAGCUCCUUGUUGUGACAAAGCCAAUGUCAAGAAAGGUCCUUGGUCCCCUGAAGAAGAUGCCAAGCUCAAGUCUUACAUAGAACAAAACGGCACCGGCGGCAACUGGAUUGCUCUCCCGCAAAAAAUCGGCUUGAAGAGAUGUGGGAAGAGUUGCCGUCUUAGGUGGCUUAACUAUCUCCGGCCGAACAUAAAACACGGUGGAUUCUCCGAAGAAGAAGAUAACAUCAUAUGUAGUUUGUAUAUCAGUAUAGGCAGCAGGUGGUCGAUAAUUGCCGCACAAUUGCCAGGGAGAACUGAUAAUGAUAUCAAGAAUUAUUGGAACACAAGGUUGAAGAAGAAGCUUCUUGGCAAGCAGAGAAAGGAUAACCAGCAAGCUCGGAGAGCUUUGAAGCAAGAAGCAAAGAGAGUCGAAGAUGGAGGUCUUGGUGUUGUCAGUGAUGCCUUUCGUAGUGUUUAUUGGCCUGAUCAGCAACAAAUGACUAUGUUUGAUGGUGUGAAUAAUCCUCCAGAUCUCCAUCACAACAACAACAAUGACAACAACAACAACAACAUCGAUGAUCAUGCGUCGAUAAGGAAGCUCUUGAUCAAACUUGGCGGUCGAUUUUCUAGUGAUGAAGGAACAAGUAGAGCUAGUUCAUCGGUUAGUGUCAUGCCGACACAACAAAUCUAUGGAGGAGAUACAAUGAAUCUAAUGCAACCUUCAUUCCAUGAAGGAGUGAACUCACAGUUGAUGCAAAACCCUAGCACCGGUUUCCCCACCGAGCUCGAUGAGAUGUUUCAAUGCAACACAGUGAAGCUAGAAGGACUUGAUUACUUCUAUGGAACAGCAAACAUGAUUGAUGGGAACAACGGGAGUAUUUCUUCGGCUUCGACUAGUAUGAAUUGGACAGAGGUAAGCCCUUUGAUCUACCCUACUUUGUCUGCAACUUAUCAAGGAAUGCAGCAGUGUCUGUUGGAAGAACCAGUGCAUCAUGGCACACAGUGAUUAACUGUUGUUGUUGUCGUUGUUAUUGUUGUUGUUCAAGUGCUUAAUUUGCGUGUUGAUGAGUAUUGUAUAUUUUGUAUCAUUGAUGGAGAUGGUGGUGUUUAUAGACCAUUUUCUUUGCAUAAACCCUAAUAAACCCCCUUGAUUAGAG